AUGCGUCUCGCCGAGCUCGGCGGCGCGAGGCUGCCUCGCGGCAGCUCCCCACGGCUUCCGCCCCCCGUUACAAAACUUGCAGCGGCAUUAAAAAGUGCUGCGUGUCGUGCCUGUCUGUCCGGUGCUAGCUUGCUGCUCUUCCUCCUCAUCUUCAUCGUUCUCGCCGUUCUCGCUGCUGCCAUGGUUUUCAUAGACCCUAAAGUCCCUUCCUACUCCGUCACCGACUUCGACGUCAUCAACUUCAACGUCUCGUCCGACCUCACGCUCCACGCCCGGCUCAACAUCACCAUCCGUACAGAAAACGGAAACAAGAAAAUCGGGAUCACCUACCUUGAGGACUCAAACGUCAGGCUGGUGUACCGGAGCACGGAUCUCUGCAGCGGAAAGCUGCCGAGCUUCUUCCAGGACCAUGAGAACGUGACAGUGAUGUCAAUAAUGAUGGAGGGGAGUGUUAAGUUAUCGACGGAGGUGGAGGAGUCGCUAGAGGAGGAUAAGAUGAAAGGCGACGUGCCGCUGGAGGUUUUCGUCAAGGUUCCGGUGAAGCUCCGGGUCUUUGACGUUGAUACCGUGUCGUUUUCGAUUAGUGUACGGUGUGACCUUGUGCUUGACGACCUUCAACCUGGCAAGAAAGUGACGAUCAAGUCGACGAAGUAUACUGCCCUUUGGUGAUCAUCGGCUAUUUGUGUACACAAGUGUUUUAUUAUCUCUAUUACUGUAUAAUGCAAAUAUUCUCAUGAUCUAUCAUUUUUAAACAAGUUUCCAACGGGAAGCUUUUGCACGCC